GCUAAACGUUAUGCAGCCGCUGGGUAGUCGGCUCGUAAAAAAGAAAGCAAGAAAGCAAGAAAAGCUUGAGGCAGGCUGAUUCGAUCCCCUUCCCUGCUGCUUUGUUUUUCUUUGUUUUUUAAUUAGCCAAUGCACCCUUAAAGCGGCGCAGGAGCCACCGAGGCAGCAGCGCAGGCUUUGGUCCGUUGAUUCGCCAUGGAUUCGCGCUUCGGCUUCCGCAUCUCCUCCGGUGACGUGCGGUCGGGGAGCUCGCUGUCGCUGGGGGAGCACCUGUGCGCGGUGUUCUUCCCCUUGGUCGCCGUCGCCGAGGCCAUCUUCUUCAUCCUCACCGACUGCCUCGCCGACCUCUGCCCCGCCUCCCACAGCCGCGCGGGCGCCUCGUCCUCCGCCGCCGCUGUAUUCUUCGCUGCCAAGAACAACAGAAGCUACCACCAUCGACCCUUCAUCCACCGCCGCGUCGGCGCGGGCGGAUGGACCUCCCUCGACCUCCGCCAGCUCGCGCGCCUCGCCGACGAGUCCAGAUGCUUCUCGGUGAACGAGGUGGAGGCGCUCUUCGAGCUCUACAAGAAGAUCAGCUGCUCCAUCAUCGACGACGGCCUCAUCCACAAGGAAGAGCUCCAGCUGGCAUUGUUCAAGACUCCUAGCGGCAAGAACCUUUUUCUUGAUAGGGUUUUUGAUUUGUUUGAUGAAAAGAAAAAUGGGGUGAUAGAUUUCGAUGAGUUUAUUCAUGCUCUUAGUGUUUUCCAUCCAUUGUCACUUAUGGAAGACAAGAUCAAUUUUGCAUUUAGGUUGUAUGACUUGAGACAAACUGGGUUUAUUGAGCGUGAGGAGGUUAAGCAAAUGGUUAUUGCUAUUUUGAUGGAAUCUGAUAUGAAAUUAUCAGAUGACCUUCUUGAGGCCAUUAUAGAUAAGACAUUUAAAGACGCUGAUGCCGACAGUGAUGGAAAAAUAAAUCAAGAAGAGUGGAAGGAAUUUGUAUUGCGCCACCCUAAUCUAUUAAAGAACAUCACACUACCCUAUCUAAGGGACAUCACAACUGUCUUUCCUAGUUUUGUCUUCAACACGGCAGUUGAAGAUUGAGCAGUACUGGGGCUGCUUGAGUUGCACAAGAUUCCUAAAUCCUGAUGACUGGUGGCUGCUGAUUAUGUCGACGUUCUUGUUGAUAUUGCUGUCCCAACGCCCAAUAAGAAACAGAUGCAACUCACCAUGAGCACUUGCUGAAGAAAAUCACCACUAAUGGCCGUAGGUUAAAGCAACCAUCUGAGAUUCAGUUUUGCUGCAAAUCAAGGCCCAUUUUCGAUGGUGGAUCGGCAAUGGAUCUUCCUAUUCUAAUUUCUACUUGCCAUUUGUGUCGAGCAAAAGAUUGAGUUCGUAACUGUACACACACCAUUCCUUCAGUUCUGAGAAAUUUAGAAGGUAUAUAUGUUAGAUUGUACGAGGAGAUCCAAAAGUUCCGGUAUGCCACUUAGCAUUACUACAGAAAAGGUCAUCCAUGACCUUCUCU